CUUCAUGAAAUUUUACUAUAAAUAGAGGCAUCAUGCUUUACAACAAAACUAAUUAAUCAAUAAACUAUAGAAGUGUCAUAAUAGAGAGUGAGUGAUGGCAAUAGCUUUACAUGCCUUCUUUCUUCAACUGAUACUCUUCUUCUUUGCUUCUCUUGCAGAGGCAAACAACCCGCGAAAGAUAUAUCUUGUGCAGAUGAAAGUUGGAGGGCAUCGAUAUGGGUCAAGUUCCGGUCACAAGGAACUACUCGGGGAAGUUCUUGACGACAAUAGCACCGUAGCAAAUGCACUUAUCUACAGCUAUAGUGAGAGCUUCACGGGUUUCUCGGCAAGCCUCACACAAAAUGAACGUCAAAAGUUAAAGAGGAGGAGAGAAGUAUUACAAGUGUCACGUAGCAGAAACUUAAAGCUUCACACGACAAGAUCGUGGGACUUUAUGAAUCUAACAUUAGCAGCUAAGCGAAAUCCCCUGGCUGAGAGUGAUUUGGUGGUAGCUGUUAUUGACUCUGGCAUUUGGCCAUACUCUGAGCUCUUCAGUAGCGACAGUCCUCCUCCUCUGGCUUGGCAAAACAAAUGUGAAAACAUCACUUGCAACAACAAGAUCGUUGGAGCUCGAUCAUACUACUUGGAAAAAGAGCAUUACAAUGUAACUGAAGAGAAGUCGGUCAUUGACGUGACGGGCCACGGCACGCACGUUGCCUCCAUCGUUGCAGGCAAGGAAAUCGAAAAGGCAAGCUACUUUGGUCUAGCUGAAGGAACGAUGAGAGGCGGUGUUCCCAAUGCAAAGAUCGCAGUUUAUAAAACCUGUUGGAAAAUACUAAAGGAAGGUAAAGAGGUUUCAUAUUGUCCAGAACAUAAAGCCUUGGAGGCAAUAGAGGAUGCAAUCAAGGACAAGGUCGACAUCAUCUCCUAUUCUCAAGGGUUGCCUAAACCAAUCCCCAUACACAAAGAUUGUGUCUCGUGGGCGUUCUUGAGAGCACUUGAAAAAGGAAUUUUGACUUCAACCGUGGCCGGGAACUCAGGCAUGAAUCCCUACGCUAUCAUCAACGGCGCACCUUGGGUCAUGACCGUUGCAGCUAGCUUGAAAGAUAGAUUUUUCAUGACGGAGUUAGAGCUGGAAGAAGAAGAUGAUUCAAUAUUUGUAUACAACACAAUCAACACCUUCCAGACACAAGAUUCUUUCUACCCACUUUUGGAUGAAACAUCACCCGAUGAAUCAACAAGAAAACGUGCACUCGUUGCUGAGAGUAAAGAUUCUGCAAUCACAUUGAACCAUAGGAACGGCACAACAAAAGACGUUUUCUUCAACUUUUCACAAACAAUCUUGGACAAAGCGAUUGAAGAGAGAGUACAAGGUGCGGUCGUUUGGGGUAAUUUUAGCGAAAAUUAUGCGUUGGGAAAGCUACAGUUUCCUAUCGCUUCCAUAUUUCUGGACAAAGAAAAAGGAAGUGAUCUACGGGAGGACUUGGCAAAACCUGAAAGCAAACAUUCAGUCAAAAUCCACAAGACGGUGGAAAUUCCACCAGAAGAGGGGCUGGAACCAACUGUUGCUGACAUGUCUUCGAGAGGUCCUAAUUGCGAUAGAUUCCUAGAAAACAUUCUCAAGCCUGAUUUAGCUGCUCCAGGGGUAGACAUCAUAGCGGGUUGGCCCGAGAAUGUGAAUCUUUUGCCAACAGGGACAAAUGACUACCGACAUCUCAGGUUCAAUAUAUUGUCAGGAACUUCCAUGGCUUGCCCUCAUGCCACUGGACUUGCCUUGUACCUCAAGUCAUUCUACCCUUCUUGGUCUCCAUCCGCUAUUAAAUCCGCUCUAAUGACCACUUCCACGGAAAUGGCACAGUCGGGCAAUGAAUUUGACUACGGGGUAGGACGUUUAAACGCUACAAAAGUCCUAGACCCCGGUUUGAUCUACGAGACAAGACACCAGGACUACAUAGAUUACAUGUGCAAACAAGGCUACAACACCCAAAUGCUAAGAUCACACGUUGGAAGCCACGAGAUUGAUUGCUCCGGGACCAAGUUAGACCUAAGCGCAGACCUCAACUAUCCAACCAGGACGGCCCGAGUCGACAUCAACACCAAGUUCACCAAAGUCUUCUACAGAACGGUCACCAACGUUGGCGCCCCAAACUCCACUUACCUCGGAGAGAUUAAGUUCCAAGAUGAGAAAAACUUUGAGGCUGAGAUCACUGUGGAGCCUAAACGGCUACAUUUUGACAAGUUGGGAGAUACCAGGAUUUUUACGGUCAACGUCACCGGAGAAUCGAAGCCGAAUAUGUAUUACAAGAAGUCGUUUAUGACAUACAACACGUGGCUCACGUGGACGGAGAUGGAUGGUUCUCGCCAAGUCAGGAGUCCCAUUGUCAUAUACUCUAUAACGAAGAGCUCCCACGCUUGCCGUAAAUUCCACAAGAACUAAUUCAAGCUGCCACUCUUCUAUAAAAAAGUGAAAUUAUAUAAUAUAACAAUCUACUUAGUUACAAUAAGACUGGACUCUUGAAUCUCGAUCAAUACUAACUUAUCUCUAUAAUAUUAUUUAAAAUA